AUGGACUUGAGCAGAGUUGGGGCCAGCCUCGGCGACAGCGCGCGGGUGGCCGCCCGGCCCUGGGGGUGCGCAGGCGCGCGCGCGGGGAUGCCACCCGCCGCGGUGGAGGACCUGUCCAAAGUGUCGGACGAGGAGCUGCUGCAGUGGAGCAAGGAGGAGCUGAUCCGCAGCCUGCGGCGCGCCGAGGCGGAGAAGGUGAGCGCGAUGCUGGACCACAGCAACCUCAUCCGCGAGGUGAACCGCCGCCUGCAGCUGCACCUGGGCGAGAUCCGCGGGCUCAAGGAUAUCAACCAGAAACUCCAGGAGGACAACCAGGAACUGAGGGACCUCUGCUGCUUCCUGGACGAUGACCGGCAGAAAGGCAAGAGGGUGUCCCGGGAGUGGCAGAGACUGGGCCGCUACACCGCCGGGGUGAUGCACAAGGAAGUGGCCUUAUACCUGCAGAAGCUGAAGGAGCUGGAGAUGAAGCAGGAGGAGGUGGUGAAGGAGAACAUGGAGCUCAAGGAGCUCUGUGUGCUGCUGGAUGAGGAGAAGGGCGCGGGCUGUGCUGGCAGCCGCUGCUCUAUCGACAGCCAGGCCAGCCUGUGCCAGCUCACAGCCACCACUGCGCCCUACGUGCGGGACGUGGGCGACGGCAGCAGCACCUCCAGCACUGGCAGCACCGACAGCCCCGACCACCAUAAGCACCAUGCGAGCAGCGGCAGCCCUGAGCACCUGCAGAAGCCCCGGAGUGAGGGCAGCCCUGAGCAUGCCAAGCACAGGAGUGCCAGCCCUGAGCACCUACAAAAGCCCAGGGCCUCCGGGACCCCAGAUCACCCAAAAGCACUCAAAGGACCUAGCCCUGAGCACCAAAAACCCUUGUGCAAGGGCAGUCCUGAACAGCAAAGGCACCUGCACCCAGGGAGCAGCCCUGAAACACUGCCUAAGCACAUGCUGACUGGGAGCCCAGAACACUUCCAGAAGCACAGGCCAGGGGGCAGCCCCGAGCAUGCCAGGCACAGUGGAGGGAGCCCAGAGCAUCUUCAGAAACAUGCCCUUGGUGGGAGCCUGGAGCAUCUACCCAGAACCAGAGGCACCAGCCCUGAGCACCUCAAACAGCAUUAUGGGGGGAGCCCUGAUCACAAACACAUAGGAGGAGGUGGUGGAGGCGGGGGUGGCAGCGGCGGAGGCAGCAGGGAGGGCACCCUCAGACGGCAGGCGCAAGAAGACGCGUCCCCACAUCACCGGAAUGUCUACAGUGGCAUGAAUGAAUCAACCUUGUCCUAUGUUAGGCAGCUGGAGGCAAGAGUAAGACAGCUGGAGGAAGAAAACCGCAUGCUGCCCCAGGGCACCCAGAAUAGAAGGCAACCUCCAACUAGAAACAGCUCAAAUAUGGAGAAAGGCUGGGGGCCCAGAGCCCGGCGGGUCUUGCAGUGGUGGCAAGGGUGCCGAGGAAUAGGACGAUGCCUGCCCACUCUCCCGGGUUCUUUUAGGUUGUCAUCAGGGGCUGAUGGGAGUAACAGUUCACCCAACUCUCCAGCUAGCUUCAGUGGACAUAACACACCUUCUCAGCAGCCUGAACCUGUGGUACAUUCUCUUAAGGUCUUGGAUGUUCAGGAAACUAUAGAUCGUCAACAGGGUAAAGAGUAUGACCAUGACCUUAGUGAGACAGAAAAAGCUAUAGUCAGAGAAAUGUGCAAUGUUGUGUGGAGGAAACUUGGAGAUGCUGCAGGUUCGUGUCCUGGAAUUAGGCAACAUUUGUCAGGAAACCAGUACAAAGGACCAAUGUGAAAAGCCCUCUUCAUCAAACAUGAGAUCACCACUGCCAGCGAGGGAAAAAAGAAAAGAAGAACAAAAAGAAGAGAGUGGGUAACCACAAAUUGGACUCAUGGGAUAACAUGGAGUGGUUGUACAUUGCACAUAUCUCCCCUCUCAAACCUUUAGUACAACUUCCCCUGCAUCAAGCUGAUAUUCUGUGUCUCUCGCUAAUGUCCACAACAGUUAAUCUCAAGUAGAUAGCUUUGAAGAUCUUAAACAAGAUAGCUUUGAAAAUCACUGUUUUUGGUAGCAAUAUUUUCACUAGAACUAAAAUAUUUUUAAUUCCCUAGAUUUAGAUUGUAAUUGAGAAACCUGUGUGGUUGGAAGAGUCCAGUGGAGCCUAAGUGGUUUUGAUAGACUUGACUCAUUGCAUUUAAUGGUGGGAAUUUUCUACCAUGUAUUGAACAUAUAAAAAGGUGUUUUUCAACUUCCCAAGUUUGAGAGUUGGGUACCUGCCCUCUUAUACUUCAGUCACAAAAUAUUAAUUCCUGAUACAAACUUAAUUUGGAUAUAACUAAGAUUGGGUUUCUGGGGCUUUGUUUUGACUUUCAAGGUGCUAAAAAUACCACACAAAUUCUUAUCAGCUAGAAGAUAGCAGGACUUUGUAGCGUUCUUAUUAGAGGGUGCCAUUCAAUUCAUUGAUCAAAAUAAGUAUGCCUUUUCUUUUAAUCUAGAAGAGUUGCUCAUGAAAACACAUUUUAAGGGCAUACCAGCCUCCCUAUUCAUUCAGUGUAUCCAUUGAUGUUAAUAUUAACAAUUUCAACUGAAAAACAAACAUUUUUCUAAGUGUUUCAAGCUGUAACAGGUCAAUUUCUACAAUUUAGUUUCUAGACAUGCUGUAUAUUUAAUAAACUUUAUGUAAACUUUAAAAUAUUGCACUGCAUUUAUGAAAACUCUUUUUGCCUACUGCAGCUAUCUAACAUUUUAUGAAACUGACGCAUGUCCUUCAUUAUUGAGACUAAAAGCUCUUGUUCAGAUUGCUUGAGGUUUGAAAAAGAGGUGUGCUAGCUUUGCUUAGUUUCUUUCUUAUUUUUGGUAUAUAUAUAUAAAUAUAUAUACACACAUACAUACACAUAUAUAAUAUUAGAAUGUGUGUAUUGGAAAUGCUAUGAUAGGUAUUUUGUGUUUAUCAAAAUGCAAUGAUAGUUUCUUGUAUGAAUGUGCAAGAGGCCUGUGACAGAAUGCUACGUUUUUACUGUAGUUUACAAUUAUAAAAGUAGGAAUACAACAAUUCUUAGUUUUGAGAUAUCUCCUAAAUUACUGAGACUUGACUCAUAGCAGAUAUUCUCGGUUGAUGUUUUUAAAUAGGCUCAUUAUACAGUGCAUUUAAUUGUCAUUGGUGGGGUAUAUGAAGGAAUUUUGUUAUCCUUUAAAAAAUGUAGCUGUGUUGAUAAACCAGCCCUCUAUUUUCAGAAAAUACUUUUGAAUUAAUUUGUUGUAGAAUUCUUUCUCUGAUUAUUGUAAUUAGGUUACACUAGAUGCCUCUCUUUCUUUUAAAAUGUUACGUUGUAAAAUAUUAUUGCUCUGCAAAAGCAAAUUGCUUGCUAUAUUUACAUCUCUCAUAGAAAAGCUUUCAUCCUUAAAUUGUUGUAUUCCUACAUUCUGAAGACACUUAAAACAAGUUUUUGUUGCUGCAGCAGAGCCUGCAGAGCUAGUACAAGGGACACUGGUCUUUUGACAAAAUACUUGUGUAAAUUUUGAUACUGUAUUAAAACUAUUUUUUUAAAG